AUGGAGGAUUUGAGACACAGAGGACAUAAGAGGGAAGGAAGACACAGGGACACAUGGGAUCCCUUUCAACUGAAUCCCAUUGGUGCUGAAAAGGAAGAGAAGAGAAGAUGUUUUCAAUUGUUGCAAUAUCUAGUGGCAAUUUUUGUUGGCCUUAUGGUCCUGACAACAGCAGUCCUCAGCAAGGGCUCUCUGCUGAUUCUGAGCACACUGGCAAGUCCAUCUGCAAAUGGAUCCGCCCAAGAAAAACAGUACUACAUGCUCCUAAUGAUGUUCUGCCUGAUAGUACCAAACUUUCUUGUCUUCCUGAAGUCCCUCUGGAAAUGUUGUUUCAAGAGUUCGAGCGCCCCAGACAUGAAGACACUGGGCAUUAUUUGUCUGCUAGAGAGCCUGGUGGCCCUUGGAACUGCAAUCCUUGUGCUGAUCGUGAUGCCCCACUUUGACAUCCUCACCAGUCUCUUCAUCACCGGCAGUAUUGGCUUUGUGUCCUCCAUACUCCAGGUCGUGUUUCGCCUCCAGAAAAAGAGCUGGAAAAUCAUCUACCCCAUUUGUUCGCUGCUCCUCACCUUGACCGGCUACGCACUCGUCUGCUUGGACAACUACGUACGUGUCACCUCGAAGAUGCCGGUCCACGCGACGGAGAGCUACGUGUAUGUCGCCGUUGGCAUAUUCGCGUCUCUCCUGGUGUCGUUGAACUGGUGGGAGAAUCCAAUUCAAGCCAGCAACAUCAUCGAAGACAAGAUCGCCGCAUUAGACACUUUCAGAGACAUGGUGUCUAUCCUCUCCAGCCUGUUGAGGAUGGGAGUCACCGUGGGGGUGUGGGCUGUGUACUACUGCUUCAUAGCAGACAAGACCAGUCAAGACCGAAAGAUUACGUGGGAGUUCUAUUCUAACCUCCCUGGCCAGAUGAGGGACCAGGGCCUCAGUAUCUUUGCCCUGCAGGUCAUUUGCUCAGCUCUAUGCCACUGGUUCGGAGUGGUGGCCUGUAAAGUCCACGCCGUGAGAAUGAGCUUCGCCCUUCCCGUCAUCCUCACCGGGCCGGCCACCCUGUUUCUCGGCCUCGUCCUCUUCUUUGCCAGAGCCGGCACAAUCACAGAAGGCAUGUCUGAGGUGAAUGGGUUCCAAGGACUUUGCGACAGCCUGCCAGCAGUCCUGGCCGCAAAUCAAAACAAAACGGAUGUAUUGAUAGAAGUGUGCAGGAGCAUUUGUCGGACUUCCCUGAAUAACCCGUAUAGAACAUGGCCAUUUGCCAUGCUUGCUCUGGAAGGGGUGUGCAUGUGGCUGGGGCUGCUCACAGCAACACAUUAUGUAUGGAAAAUCAAGGUCCAGAGGAUUGAAAGAACCUCACAGUUAUUUGUCCGUCGUCUCUACGAAUCCGCAUUCAUUGACCAGUCCAUGCUGCUCAACACGAAAAUGAAAGUUGUUAAAUCAAGUGCCACGGAGAGUAAAAAGGAUGAGGUGGAGGGCUGUGUGAUUUACCUCUGUGCAACCAUGUGGCAUGAAAACUACGAAGAAAUGCUCAAAAUUCUCACAUCGAUGUUCAGGUUGGACAGAUACAGAGGUGAUCCAAAAGAGGAGCAUAAUGACUGCUUUGACUUUGAGUGCCACAUAUUCGUUGAUGACGCCUUUAUGACAGAUGAGGAAGAGGACAAAAGAUUGGUCAAUUCCUAUGUAAAUGAUCUCAUCCAUGUUGUCAUGGAAGUGUACAGGGUAUUUACAAAUAAAGAACCAGAUGAAGUGUCAAUUAUUGAAGCUCCAUAUGGCGGACGACUGGUUUUUGUCAUGCCAGAGGGAAAUAUGUUGUAUGUUCACCUGAAAGAUAAAAAACUGAUCCGCAACAAAAAAAGAUGGUCACAGAUAAUGUACCUUUACUAUCUCCUUGGAUGGAAAGGCUACAAUGCAAAAAAUCCUCCAAAGAUAAAAAGGCAGGAUAUCUGCCGUGCCAGUCUCAUCUCGAUAGAUGGAGAAAGCUUCCACCUGCCAAAUAUUGACAAUGACAGUAAAAGAAGAUACAUCAAUGAUGACAACACAUUCAUCUUGGCACUGGAUGGAGAUACUGACUUCCAGCCUCAAGCUGUGGUCUUGCUGGUUGACCGUCUCCGCAUGUAUGACUGUGUCGGUGCUGCCUGUGGGCGAAUUCAUCCCACGGGAAUGGGUCCAAUGGUGUGGUAUCAGAAGUUUGAAUACGCAGUCGGCCAUUGGUUGCAGAAGACUGCUGAGCACGUCUUUGGAUCUGUCCUCUGUAGUCCUGGGUGUUUCAGUUUAUUCAGGGGUUCUGCACUGAUGGAUGACAACGUACUGAAAAGAUACACAACUAAAUCAACCAGGGCCUCAGAGUAUGUUCAAUAUGACCAAGGUGAGGACCGCUGGCUGUGCACUCUACUACUGCAGCAGGGCUGGCGUGUCGAGUACAACGCCGCGUCAGACGCCUACACCAACUCCCCCGAGGAGUUCAAGGAGUUCUACAACCAGAGACGCCGCUGGGGGCCCUCAACCCUGGCCAACACCCUGGACCUGCUCCACAGUGGGAGGGAGACGGUCAAGAGGAACACCUCCAUCUCCAUGAUCUACAUCUUCUACCAGAUUUUCACAGUGGGAUCCUCCAUCCUCGGGCCGGCCUCUGUCACUUUGAUGGUAGCAGGUGCUUUCCAGUUUGUGUUUAAAAUCACAGGCACCACAUCUAUCCUCAUAGCUUCCGUACCCCCUGUCAUCUACCUCAUCAUUUGCUUCUUGACCAAGGCAAACUUCCAGAUUACAAUUGCAGCGAUUCUAAGCGUUCUGUAUGCCUUCCUGAUGACAGCUUCCUUCUUCUCCAUCAUUGGUGACAUGGUGACACAGGGAACCUUCAUCACCCCCACCGGUCUUUUCUUGGUGGGCAUGGCGAUCAUGUAUCUGGUCACGGCUAUCCUCCACCCGCAGGAGUUCACCAUGAUCAUCUACGGGCUCAUGUACUUCAUCUGCAUUCCCAGUGGCUACCUGCUGCUCACCAUCUACUCCCUGGUGAACAUGAACAACGUGUCCUGGGGCACCCGCGAGACCAGCAAGGGAGGCAAGGAGAAGGAGAAACAGGUGGGCAUCCUGUGCGACCGCACCUGCAAGAUGUGCUGCUGGGACAUGAAGUGCCAGGUGACGCAGGAGACGGAGAGUCUCCUCCUCCAGCAGAUGCAGAACGCCGUCGCCGUCACCGUGGGCCAAGGCACUCAGCCUACUCAGGCCGGAGCGGUGGCAAUUCCGGUGGUGGACGCGGUCGAUGGAGUGACCGUGCCACAGAGGCUCACGGCUCGGGACGAAAUCGAGCUAAUGAUGACCAAUAGCAGAGCGGUAAAAACCACUGGAGGAGACCAUGUAGACCCUGUUGAUCCUGAUUCCGCAUUUGAAAGAAGUUCAAGAAGCAGUGCAAGUGCAAGGAAAAUGGAUGAUGAUGAUGAUGAUGACAAUGAUGAUGAUGAUAACUAUGAUUAUGAUGAUGAAGACCGUGAUGAUCCUCUUUUGGACGAAAGAGAUGAUCUUGUAGUUAAACCUGAAACUGACUGGGUUGACCCUGUGAAGAUAGAGUUCUUGAAGAAGCUGACCUAUGCCAACCUGAAAAGGAACUUGCAGGCGCAGAUACGCUACACGCUGCGGAACAAGAAUCAGGACGACGUGUGUGAGGACCUGGUGAUGAACCUCACUGACGUGGUGAACGUCGAACUGAACAGCAGAGUGGGCCCAGAGGACGUGCUCACAGAGAGCCAGCUGGAAGAGCUGCAGUACGCCCUGAACGAGGCAGCCCGAAGAAUCCUCAAGACCAACCGCAUGGAAAGGCUGGACAGAAGGGUGAAACGAGCCAUCGAAAAAACUCUUCUUGCACCCCAGGUUGUGAAGAUGGACGAGGAUGAAAAGGAUUUCUGGAACAAACUGCUUGAGAGAUAUCUGGCUCCCAUUGUUGAUGACAAAGCUCAUCAGGAAGAGGUGACUCGAGAAUUGAAGUCUCUGCGUAACAAGGCUGUGUUUUUGUACUUCAUGCUGAACCUUUUGUGGGUAGUCGCAACCUUCUUCCUGCAAGCCAUCGGCACUGACGUCAUCAGCAUAAAGAUCCCAAAGAUUGAUCCCGUUAAUGGCACCCCGACGGGAGAGUACAUGUCGGUUGAGCCCCUGAGUCUGAUGUUUCUGCUGUCCUUUGCUGUUCUUCUACUUGUUCAGUUCCUUGCCAUGCUUUAUCACCGAGUGUACACGCUUAUCCAUAUGGUGUCGUACAGAGGCAGUGAGAAAGAUUACAAAGAGCACGACAAUGAGGAUGAAGAGGAGCUCAUUCUGGAAAACCAGAUGGCACAUGGUCUUACAUUCACCAGUGAUGACUUGUGAGAUUUUGCACAAAGACGGCUUGGUUUACACAAAUUUUAAAACUGGAAAUAUUCUACCGGUACUUGAUAUAUUGCACUUUAACUGAGUGAAAUGAAACUCUGUCAAUGUAUUGCUUAUUUAGUGAUGUAUUUCGAUAUGUAAAAUAAAUAUUGUAAAUAUCCGAUAACCUGAUGAUCAUCUCAACUGAACAGUCUUUGUGUAUUUGAGAUGUUUAUAUUUGUGUUUACAGGUAGUUAUUGUUUUAAAACCAAAUAUAGUUCAAAUGACAAUAGAGUGAAUUACCUUUUUAGGAGUCAAAACAAUCACUUGUAAAAAUCACAUCUGCAGUAGCUUCUGAACAGAAUACAAUGUCACAAUAUAGUGCAGUACUAAAAGGAACCACAUCCACCAUGGGAGCAGUAGACCUACAGAAAUCCUCUUCAUUAAAAGC